AUGCGUCCAGUCAUCAUCGGGCUGCCCUUUGCUGCCCUUGGUCUUGCCAGGCCCUUCAGCUUGAUGGGCAGUAUGGCCGGGGCAGCCAAGGGUGUCCAGGGUGCUGCCAAAGGCUCGGUAGAAGCUGUCGGCAAUGCGGCCGGGACCGUUACCAAAGGCAUGACCGACACCCUCUGCGACAUCUCGGUUGGAGGCGUUGUACAGACGUCGACAGGUCCCAUGUGUGCUGCUGUCGGAAGCGCUGCAAAGGACACGAUGAAUGCAGUUGGCGACGCUGCCCAAAACGUUGCCAAGGGCACGGCACAACUCGCCGACGGUACCGUCGAGGCAGCAAAGAGCAUGGCAAAGGGCACGGCAGACAUGGCAGGCGAAGCCGUCGGCGCGGCCGGGAACAUGGUCAAGGGCUCGGUAGACACCGUGAGCAAUGCUGCCGGGUCUGUUAUGAAGGGCACCACCGACACUCUCUGCGACAUCACCGUUGGCGGCGACGUUAAUGUUUCGACGGGCGAUCUUUGCAAAGCUGCGCAGAGCGCAGCCGGGAACAUGGUAAAGGGGUCGGUAGAGGCCGUUAGUCAAGCUGCCGGGACAGCAGGAAACAUGGCCAAGGGCGCGGCUGAUGCUGUUGGUAAUGCCGCUGGUACGGCCGGGAACAUGGUCAAGGGCGCCGCAGAUGCUGUUGGUAAUGCUGCUGGGACCAUGGCGAAAAGCACGACUGACACUCUCUGCGAUAUUACGGUUGGCGGCGACGUGAAUGUUUCGACGGGUAGCCUCUGCAAGGCUGUUGGCGCUGCUGUUUAG